GAAAAGCUAUAGCAUACAUUGGUAAUAUAUGGUCAUUUACUGAACCAAAUUUACCUACCAAUGUUGAAUUCCUGCCAACAAAUUUAAAAUCAAGGUUAUCCAACGAUAGGAAAAUGCAGAUCCUAGAACAAGCGAAAAAAGAUUUGAAAUUGGAUUUUAAUAAAGAAAUUUUAACGGAUUCAAUCUAUUUUUCGGGAAAAAAGCUAUCGAAAUUUGCCCUUUUGUGUUUGGUUUUAAAUGAAGGAUUGAAUGAACAGAACCUUGGUGCUAUUUGCAUUGAUAAGCUUAAAAAAAUAAUAGAUAUUUAUGCUCAGAAUCGACAACAAGCGAAACUAGUUUAUGAUACUACAUGGAAAGGUAUUGUCGGCAUUAGUGGAUUCACGAAAGGUGCUAGUACCGAUUUUGGCAAUACUUGGUACAA